AUGCGAGCGCAACAAACACCCUCUCACCCGCUUGAGGUAGCUGCGGCCAUUGGAGUCGGAGUAAAAGAGAAGGAGGAGGAGGAGGAGGAGGAGGAGGAGGAGGAGGAGGAGGAAGAGGAGGAGGAGGAGGAGGAGGAGGAGGAGGAGGAGGAGGAGGAGGAGGAGGAGGAGGAGGAGGAGGAGGAGGAAGUGAAGGAAAUGCGCUCACCUCGGAGAUCCACGGAAUGA